AAUGCCAGGCAUGGUAAAGUUCUACUCCCAUUUUCUUGGAAGCCCUAAAGACCAAGAUUCUUCGAUGGAGGCGAUGGCGAAUGGAGGAGCGGUGGCGCGCGAUGGCUCCGAGCUCAUAGUUUUAGGAUCUGGAUCUUCCACGGGAGUUCCAAGCCCGGUGUGCUUGCUGCGGCCCAGCGAUCCGCCGUGCGCCGUGUGCCACAAGGCCAUUGCCUUGCCUCCACAGAUCAACAAAAACUAUAGAUCCAAUCCUUCCUUGCUCAUCAAAUUCUUGCAUGGUGAUGGGGAGCUGCGAUUCAUCCAGAUUGACGCUGGCAAGCAUUUCAAGGAGCAAGUUCUUCGCUGGUAUUUGCCGAACAAAGUUCCCAGGCUCGAUGCUAUCCUUUUGACACAUGAGCAUGCUGAUGCAAUGCUAGGCCUUGACGAGAUCCGUGGCGUGCAACCGUAUGAUUCCUUGAACCGGAUCAAGCCAUUGUCUUGUUUCUUGUCUCAGGAAACCAUGGACAGUGUAGCUGAGAAGUUCCCAUACCUUGUCCAGAAAGGUGUCAAGGAGGGGCAGGAGAUCCGGCGAGUGACGCAGCUGAACUACAAGAUCGUCCAAACUUCCUGCGAUGCGCCGUUUGAUGUGGAGGGCCUCGAGUUCACUCCGCUACCAGUAAUGCAUGGAGAAGACUAUCUCUGCCUUGGAUUCCUCUUUGGACGGAAGUCCAGAGUGGCUUACAUCUCAGAUGUAUCGAGGAUUCUACCCGAGACCGAGCAGCUGAUCUCGCAAGAAAGUGGAGGACAAGUUGAUCUGCUUUUCCUCGACACCUUGUACAAGAAGGACAAGCACAACACACACUUUUGCUUUCCUCAGAGCCUGGAGGCAGUGAAGCGAAUCCGCCCCAAGCGCGCCUUGUUUGUAGGCAUGACUCACGAAUUCGACCAUGAGCUCGACAACGAGUUCCUCGCAAACUGGUCCAAGACCGAGGGAAUAGACGUCCGCCUGGCCUACGACGGCUUGCGAAUUCCAAUCGAUCUCUAGAAAAAAGAAAACGCCAGCGCCAUCGCUCGCAAGUUACGAAUUUUUCAACCAGAUUCAUUCGAUCGUUC